AUGUUGGCACCAGUUAUUAUUAUUUCGCUAAACAUCGUAUCUGUAGAAAUUGUUGUUGGAUUUAUUGGAAAUGGGUUUAUUGCAGCUGUUAAUACCAUUAACUGGUUCAAAACAAAAAAAAUUUCUUCUGCUGAUAUGAUCCUGAUCUUUCUGAGCACAUCAAGAUGUAUCUUGCAGGUGACUGUACUGAUGCACAUUCAUAGUCUCUAUUUUACUGAUGUGUUUAAGUUGGCUUCUGUGUACAAAGCUUUUGGCGCUGUGUGGAUGUUUGUAAACCAUUCCAGUCUGUGGUUCAGUACCUGGCUCUGUGUACUCUACUGUGUAAAAAUAAUCAAUGUCACCCAACGGCUUUUGCUGCAAAUCAAGCUCAGAAUAUCUGGGAUGGUCCCAUGGCUACUUCUAGGAUCACUGGUGAUCUCUUCUAUGACUUCCUUUCCUUUUCUAUGGAUUACAUCCAGCACUUACCUCUGCAGUUCAACAGGGAACUGUAGAGAGAAUAGCACAGCUCAUGUCACUAACUGGGAUAGUUCACAUCUGUACCUGCUUCUUCUUUAUUUCAUAGGUUGCUUUUUUCCUCUAGUACUUUCUGUGGUAACUUCAGUUUUAUUAAUUACUUCUCUGUGGAAGCACAGAAAGAAGAUGCAAUCUUAUGUAAAUACUUUCAGAGAUCCUUUGAUAGAUAUUCACUUAACUGCCAUUAAAUCCAUUAUUUCUUUCUUGAUCUUAUAUAUUUCUAGUGUUGUAGCUCAAAUUCUGCUGAUUCUGUCAACUUCUCAAAGUAAAGAUGUUGUAAAAGUUGCGGUAUCCUUAGUUGUAACUGGGGCAUAUCCUUCCAUACACUCCAUCAUACUGAUCAUAGUCAAUUCAAAACUGAAACUGGCAUUUAGGACCCUUUGCCAGCAUUUUAAGUGCCUUUGUAGAAUGCCCAUAUUAUAG